UGCUGGGCGGUUCCUGCCAAAGAGGAAGGGAACUAGGGCAGUAGCGAUGGCCCCGGGCUGGAACUCCGGGCCACCUCACCCUCCGCCAGCGUUGCGAGAGAAGCCGCGGCCGCAGCCGAAGAGGGGGCUGGAGUCGCGGCUGGAGUGGAGGAGGCACAUGUGAGUUGCCGGGAGUUGCCGGUGCCGGAACACCUCAAACUCUAGGCGGGAGUUCAGGUAUACUGAUCCCGCUGUCGCCACUCCGCACCGGCGCCCCCUCCCAGGCCUAGACAACAGGGCUGGGGUCUCCCUUGGUGCUGGACUGGCUCCUCUCAGGCCGAGCCCUCCACGCCUGUCUUGGACUCUCUGCAGACUCAGGACGGAAGCUGGAGGACAGUGAGCACCCCCGAUCCGGGCAUUUUCUUGUCGCCCAGGCUGUGUCCUAGUUGUAGCAACUGGGUGCCUCCUCCUGCUGCCACCUCUCCAGCUAGGGAGGCACUGGCGCCUUCCCCCUGUCUCGUUCUGCGUCCCUCCCUUUCCUCCCAUUCGACAACAAAUUUGUUUUCCCUCUCCAUUGGGAAUCCUGUCUCAGAAGUCUAAAACACCUAUCAUUAGCGGAGCUGAGAACCAGUCGUUCUUGACUUGGCUUUUUAUCCCCUUUGGGAGAUAAAAGUUGUCACCUUAACACUCUCGUAACUGACACUUCACACCCAGGACCUUAUUCAUUUGGAUCACCAGCUAGCUGUCUGGCCAUAUCCCACCCAACUGAACUCCAUUUUCCCCUGGGCUCCAAUCUCCAGCUUCCAGUAGAUCUGGUCAGUCCCACCCCUGGGUGGGAGUGACCAGGGGGCUCUGGCCCAGGAUCCUCCAUCCUGGAAGGCAGCUCCAAGGUAGCAAGAGAAUUAGGGGUCGGGUACGAACCUGGCAGCUCAGGAGUGGGUGCCCCACUCACCCCACAUAAGAAGAUGAAAAAGCGCAAAGAGCUCAAUGCAUUGAUUGGCUUAUCUGGAGACGGCCGGAGAAAGAAGCCCAAGAAAGGCUCAGGCCACCGCCUGCUUCGCACUGAGCCUCCUGACUCUGAUUCUGAGUCCAGCUCAGAGGAGGAAGAGGAAUUCGGUGUCAUUGGAAAUCGCUCUCACUUUGGCAAGGGAGACUAUUUACGAUGCUGCAAGAUCUGUUAUCCCCUCUGUGCUUUUGUCAUCCUUGCCGCCUGUGUCGUGGCCUGCGUUGGCUUGGUGUGGAUGCAAGUUGCUCUGAAGGAGGAUCUGGAUGCCCUCAAGGAAAAAUUUAGAACAAUGGAAUCUAAUCAGAAAAGUUCAUUCCAAGAAAUUCCCAAGCUUAGUGAAGAACUACUCAGCAAACAAAAACAACUUGAGAAGAUUGAAUCUGGAGAGCUGGGCUUGAACAAAGUCUGGAUAAGCAUCACAGACAUGAACAAGCAGAUUUCUCUGUUGAAUUCUGUAGUAAACCACCUCAAAGCCAAUGUUAAGUCAGCAGCAGACUUAAUUAGCCUGCCUGCCACUGUAGAAGGACUUCAGAAGACCAUAGCUUCCAUUGGCAAUACUUUAAACAGUGUCCAUCUUGCCCUGGAGGCAAUGCAGAAAACUGUGGACGAACACAAGAAAGCCAUGGAAUUACUACAGAGUAAUAUGAAUCAGCGCUCCUUGGAGACCAGGGGAAGCAACCAGAUUAUUCCAUCACCUUCAGCUCCAUCAGAACUUGACAAUAAAACCCACAGUGAGAAUUUGAAACAGGAUAUCCUGUACCUUCACAACUCUUUAGAGGAGGUAAACAGUGCCCUAGUGGGGUACCAGAGACAGAAUGAUCUUAAACUCGAGGGGAUGAAUGAGACAGUCAGUAAUCUUACCCAGAGAGUCAACUUGGUAGAAAGAGAUCUGGUUGCUAUGAGCAAGGUAGAAAAGCAAGCAAACCUGUCCGUCAGCAUGAUACGGGAUAAAGCUGCCACUCUGAAAAGAGAGUCUUUGUACCAGGUGACCAGCAGAACAGAUACAGUAAAAACCCAAAGUAUAAAGAAAGAAGAUAGUUCAGAUUCUCAGGUAUCCAAGCUAAGAGAAAAACUACAGCUGAUCAGUGCUCUCACCAACAAACCUGAAAGCAACAGGCCUCCAGAGACCACCCAUGAAGAGCAAGCACAGAGUGUCACAUCAAAGCCUUCAGCAUUGCCAGAACUUCCACAGUCUCUUGGAGACCACACCGAGAAUGCUGCCCAGCUAAGACCUGUCUCCCUACCAGGAAUUUCUAGUAUCAAAGAUCUUCAGGAUUUUUUCCACAAGACUGGCCAGAACAUGGAUGGGAAGCUGACCUACCAGGAAAUUUGGAACUGCUUAGGUUCUGCUAUGCCAGCACCAGAGAGUUUGAGAGAGUUUGAUGCUGAUGGAGACGGAAGAUACUCGUUCCUAGAGCUAAGAGCAGCUUUAGGUGUCUAGCCUCACUGGGCAUAUUUAGAAAUGGAUAUAUACCCUGGGCUACCCAAUAUCUACUCACAACCCUUCUAUUUACCUGUCAGUUCUCCAGUUCUCCAAACUACUGUAGGAGACACAUUGCCACCUUUUAACUUGUUGGGAAAAGCUAUAUAAAUGUUAUUUUUUUAAAGAUAAUUUUACUUAUGAUAUUAGAAAUCUAUGAUUUCCUGAAACCAGUAAGAUCUUAAUUCUAAAAUUGCCAGAAUAAAAGUCAAGCCCUCUUUCUUUCUCUUUCCUUUUUUUGUAAGGGAAGGAGACCCUAUCUUUUAGAACUGGAAAAUGUGUAUAUAGUGAGAAGAAUCCACCUUUUAUAUUUCACAUAAAUUUGCCUUAAAUUAGCUGCACUUUAUACACGACAGGCUCAGAAAAUGUCUUUUCGUUAUAAGACUUUUUCUGUUUGUAAAUAUUUAAAAUGAAAGAAAGGAUUCUGCAUAUUUUAUGAGAAGUAGGAGGAAUGGUUUGAAACAAGAUGUGAACAAAAUGACUUGUUAGUAAAAAUUGCUAAUCUGAUCUGGUAGCGGCUAAAACUAGGUCCAUGUCUCCCUCCUCCAAGCAUCUCAUUUAGGUGCUGCCAUGGGGUUUAGUCCAGUGGCUGGAGGAGUAUAUUUAGCGAAUGGAUACUGUGGGGACAGACUCCAGGCUCAGGAAGUAAGAUCUGGCUUUUUUGUUUCUGUCCCCUUAGUUAAUCCCAACCUGUGAACCAGAAAAGUUUUGUUGGGGAUAUUUCUCAUUUUCAAUCCUAUUUCAGGGUUUAUGAGCAUAAAAGUUAUCCAGUGGCGAGCUACAUUUCCUCCCUGAGUGAGCUAGAUUAUCUUCCCCCACCUCCAAACUCAAUCCCUGCCCCCCUCACACACACACACACACACUCAAAUCUCAAAGCUAUAGCUGACUUCCACCUCUAACACUAUAUCCAUUCUCAGUGGUGGGGCUGCAGUCCUUUGGCCACUGUCUCAGCCUGGCUGCCCAGGAGUUUUGGAGGAGAGGUAUGCCUCUAAUUCUGACCCAGGAAACUCCUUGAGAUUUUACCUGGGGGCUAACCAAGAACCUAAUUUGUUCCUAUGAGGGCUAAGGCCAAAAAGGUUGUGAACCUAUAAGGUUUCUUCAUAAUUAUCAGGUCAGAAGUAGAAGCUUUAUGUCCAGAGAAUGCCAAAAUAGCAAACAGGCCUAGAGCAUUGGGCUUCACAUGAUGGUAGCAAGAGUUUUCAUAUCUGAAUACAAGCAAGUACAAUACUUUCUCCUUUAAAGGCUUCUGUAGGCCUGGUACUAAAAGACCCUGGACUGGAAGGAAGUAUAUCUCCAUGUCACCUGUGUGUGUGGUGCAUUGUUCUCAGGAGCCUUUGGACAAAACAAGGAAAAAACUUUGCAAAACUUAACUGUGCUAUAAGCCAAGUCAGGGAGAAACCAGAGAAGCUUUCAUGGCACCAGCUUCUUCAGUGAAGCCGAUUUCCAUUUUCACUUUGUCCUAGUUGCCCAGUUAGCCAUGGAUGCAGCCAGGCAUCCUUAACUAUUUAAGGGCUGUUUUAUUUUUUCUUUAUAUGAUAUUCAGCUUGGUGUAGGCUAACCUUGACUUUUUUCUAGAAAUACUAAAAUUUAGUUAAACCAAGAUAAAUUCCUUUCCCAUGAAUGUAUCUGCUUACCUCAUACGCUUGUCCUUCUCUCUUUUAAAAAGUGUGUUUUCCUUACUUAUCCAAGCUAUUUCACUUUCUUGAAAAGGUCAAAAUAUAGUAUAAAAAUAGCCUAGUACACCCUGGCCAGGUAGCUCAGUUGUUUAGAGCAUUGUCCCCAUAUGCCAGAGUUGUGGGUUUGAUCCUGGUCUGGGCACAUACAAGAAUCAACCAAUGAAUGCAUAAAUAAGUGGAAAAACAAACAGUGCUCGCUCUCUCUCUCUCUCUCUCUCCCCCCCUACUUCCUCCCUCUCUCUCCUUUAUCCCUCCCUCUCUUUCUUCUUCCCCUUUCUCAAAUCAAUAAGUAAAAAAGUUUUUCAAAAAUUUGCCUAGCACUUUAGAUAACUCAAAGAUUACUCUUCCGGCUGCCUUCCAUGCCCCCCCUUUUAAUAUAUAUAUCCUGAUGUAUUUUAUAACAACCAAAUAACAUUCUAGCAAUAAAUUGAAUUAUACUGCUAUAUUUGUAUAUACUGUACCAUAAAUAGUAUGUCUGUACCUGGAAAGUAUUUUUUUGUGAACUGAUUUAUAUGAAAUAUACUUGAGGGUAAUGUAGCUUGUCCUUUUUAGUUUCAAAUUCUUAUUCAUAGGCAGAUACUUUGAAGACACCUUAACUCUUUGUUGUAUGUACUUUUCUUUUGCAUCAAGUAGCUGUCCGUGGAGGAGUCAGCUGUGGGGUUUUUGGUUUAUUAUCUGUUCUCACCUCAAGCUUGUCUGGCUAGCAUCACCCCUGAGCCAGGAAUCCCCCUACCCAAUUUGGCAGAGGUGUUCCUGCUACACUUUCAGACUUGUGAAUACUCUUGUCACACUGCCUGGGCGAGUGCCCUAUCUCCCAGGCAGACCUAGGGCAUCUUGAACCCCUUUGUUCAAAGAUGAGCAGAUUCAUUGGCUUAGGAAGAGCCUCAGAAACCUAUUAUUCAGUGUUAAUUUGGGAUUUUUUAUAAAUUGUCCUAACUUACCCAACCUGUGACUUGUGUUUAGCUGUGAUCAAGCCUCACCUGCCAGAACUCAGCUCUGAGAGGAAGGUUGAGCAGUAGUGGUGAAUUUGGCAUUGCUUUUGGUUUCUAGUACUAUGACCUUUUCACACUGGCAGCUCCCACUGCUGCUUUCCUCAUGUACCCAAAGCACUGCUUCUUGGUCCUUUUUUUCUUUUGUCUUGUACUCUCUGGUAUAAUGUUUACUUAAAGGGCCUCUUUAUAAAUCAGAGAGGCAAAUGGUUUUGUAGAAAGAAAACCAAAAGAAGAGAACCCCAGCUUGGGGGUGACUGUAGUGUUGUCUUAAGGGCCCCUAGGAGUGUCUGAAGCAGCAAAGCUAAAGAAAGGACACUCUUCACCUCCUAGCUGCUUUCCCUCCUGUUUCAGCUCCUUACUUCAUGUUGCUGGACAGAGCAUUCUCAGCACCCCCGGUGGUCUUACGGUCACAGCUGAAGAUUUUGACUGUGAUGGGCUCCUACUCGUAAUGGCCAGCCGUUGAGUUAUUUCUAGUGACAGCUUUUGUUUGCUGCACACCUCAUUGGCUUGCUUACCAACAACACCAGCUAGAUGCAGUCUCUUCUCUCAUCUCCAAACCAGAACACAUUUGGGUAUUCCUGAGACUUUAUAGAGCGUGAAUUGUUUGCUAUAUGAACCUAACCUACCUUGUUGUUUUCUCACAUUAACAAAUGUUGAUCUACUUGACAUUAGUAGAGCUAUUUUGAUAAUGUAUAAUGUAGUUUUGGUUCUGUUGGGGGAGUGAAUUCAAGAUUUCCAUGACUUGAUUUGAACUUUGCUUAUUCCAUAUUAGUAAUACAGCCAUUUUAAUUUAUCUAAAUAAAAGAUUUUCUUUCUCUCC